AUGCCUUCAUGUCAAGAGUCACCGGGUGCUGGUGGUGAGUGAGACCAACACGCAAAUGCGCGGAGGAGCGUGCACGCUCAGAGGAAAGAGCGGACGCAUGUACGCGCGCUGGUGUGCACGCGCGUCGUGAGUUCGUGAGUGCAUGUGCUGUUGAAUUUGGCAGCCACGCUGAGUGGAAAGCGGCGAAGGGCGCGCAAAGCCGAUCCCGAUCACGUGAAUGGCUCACGACUCUCUGCUGCAGUCAAGAGUCACCAUCCAGAUCGAGUGCCAUGCCAUCUCGUUCUGACUCAUUCCACUCGUGGCAGCAGAGCAGGCCAGCUUCAAUUCUCUGCGCCUUUUGAAGGACUGUCAACGACGCAAAGCCAAGUCUUGCUCGAAGACCCAUGGAGCAAGCCCAAGGAAGUGGAAUCUCAAGGAAAGACCGGCGCGUUUAGCAUGGAGUGAACGCGAAGCAGGAAACGGCAACAUGGACGAGCAACCGGAGGAUGACAUCGAAACCUAUCCAGAGACCUUCAUUCCGCCUUCGCGGAUCUUUAUGAAUGUCAAAGACCCUGUUCUGUGCGCGGAAAUCAAAAGCAACAACGUUCCAAGACUGGGGAUGGAGACACUUGGACAAAACGUAUGGAACGCGCCUGCCAUCAGGCGGCAAACGAGAUGGUAUGUAACGUGUACCGGCCACAGGCUCUGCCCUGAACCGCCAUUCAAAUGCUUCGAACCCACGCUCAAGCCCGUUUAUAUGUCGUCCAUUGAUACUCAGGGCUCCUGAUGGUACUCACGUUCUGGCUCAAUGUGAUAACCACGAGAUUCAGCUGUAUAAGCUUGACACGAACGACGACGAGCACUGUCUGACUCUCGUGCUGACAGUGCCUGCGCCUUCACCAUUGCUCGACGUCGUGUGGUACCCCUUCGCUAGCUUCGACCAUCCCUCUACCUGGUGCUUUGCAUUCAGCGCCAGAGAUGUGCCGAUCAGACUCGUUGACGCUUACAACGGCCGCGUGAGUCUGCUAGUCGGGUGUGGGGGAAAGAACUAAUUAGGAUGGGUUCACUUGGCCUAAUGGUUGCAUCUUCUCUGCGGCGACGCUCUUUCUUCAGACUCGAGCCGCAUACCCAAUCCAGGACCACGUCGAGCGCUUCGUGGGCGCUCAAAGUCUGGCCUUUAGUCUGGAUGGCACGCAGUGAGUCUUUGCAACCUUAGAAUUGUGCUGGCCCAGAAGAGCUCAUUCUAUUCUCGCUGCCAAUCCAAAAGACUUUACGCAGGUCAUGCUUGCAGUCUAUCGGUGUUUGAUGUCUCCGCAUCGGGACAGGCACCUAUCACCAUGCCCCUUACUCCUGGACGGCGCCUUCGCAAACAUCAAGAGCCGGGUCAAAGAGGGCUUGUGAGCUGCGUCGCCACUGGUUGGAAUUGGACGACAGACGGUCAAGGCCAACAAGUUGUAGCCGUGGGCACCUUUGCUGGCACCUUUGGGCUAUAUCAUCCCGGUGCUCUCACCGAGGCCUCGGAGUGCCUCUUUGCGGGCUGGAGGGAGCCAGAUGGCAGAGGCAUCUCCCAGGUGCGCACUGCUGAAGCGGGCUUUCGGCACCUUAAGCACGGCCGAAAUUGUGGCUUACUCUUCGGAAUAUCGAAUCUCCGCCUUGCCACUCUACAGCUACAAUUUCACCCCACUACUCCUUACAUUCUCUUCAUCAGCUCCCGAUGCACAGAUCGCAUUCAAGCGUACGACCUCCGCUACACGGGCUCCAGGCCUAAUUUCAGCUCCACCGCGCCCAGAGCUGCUUGCCUGGGUGGGUUCUCGCGCAGACUUGCUGGUUCAUCCUCGGAAGUGCAAAGUAUGCAGCGGCUCUUCUUCGACGUAGAUUGGAGCGGUCAUUGGCUACUGGCGGGUGAUCUCAAUGGUCGGGUCUCCGCGUGGAGGGUCUCCAAGGAGCCGGGACACGACACCGAGCUUGUUGAAGGCGAUGCGGCAGAAGGCUUUGGUGACUCUGCCAAAAUCCUUUCAUACACGUGGCAGGAGAGUGCGAGCUGGAGCACUGGUUCAGGUGAGGAUUUCAGGUUGCCCACGACGAGGACGAGCCUAGCUGAUGCACGCCAUUACAAAACCAUCAGAUGCUGUUGCUACCGUCUCCGCGCACCCCUUGCUUCCCCUGAUUGUGACAGCCACAGGUGCAAGACACUGGACUAAGCCGGAGUCCCUGGAGCGCGGUUCGUCUGAGAGGUCAGGCACGAGCAACUCAGGGAGCUCCUCUGAUUCGUCCGUUUCUUCCGAAUCGGAGCGAGAAGCGCACGGGCGUAAAGGUGCUUACUUCACGCAAGACACCGCCCUACGUUUAUGGAGAACAGAGAAAUGAACGAAUUCAAAACAGCCCAUCUAUGCUGAGAGCUCUCCUCACCGGAGUACGAAUCACCGAGGAUUCGGCAACGAGGAGGUCUAGUCCGAAGUAGCUCCGAUGCCCAUGCCCCACCUGAGAGCAGUCUCGGUGAUUUGCACCGCACACCACUUCCCGCUGCAAUACGGAAUCAUGGCCAGAACCCUAGCAUCGCGCGUCGAUGGUCGGCAUAGCCUUGCCGCCUGGGCUCUAGACGCACCUUACCGUAGCAAACCAUCACUGGCAAGACCUGCCGCCAACGAUCUCGACGAUGGUGUGGCUGUGAGUAGGAGCACUAGUAGCGUCCCGAGUAUGCAUGCACCCCACUCUGCUAAGCACGUCUUUGCGGGCAUUCCAUAGUAGUCGCACGCAUUUCUAUGCUCGAGGGACGUAAACAAGCAGCAUGUGCGACUCUGGGGAGCUAAAAUUUGUCAUGAGGAUCGUCUAGUAAGGCGCUCACCAAGCAGCGACCUUCUCUUGAACCCUUGA